AUGCUGCCGGUGCGCUCUCUGAAUCGGCAAGAGGUCCUGGAUGAAGAUGAAUACACAGAAGCCCUCUCUCGUAUCAUCGCACGCGACUUCUUCCCAUCUCUCGUCCACCUCGAGACAACCAACGACUACCUGGAUGCCCUGCGGACGAAAGACCCGCAACUCAUACAGGCAUCUGUUCGACGGAUGGAAGGACUGUCCACCCCGAUGAGCUACCGCACUCGUCCAUGGGAGACGCCCUCCCAAACGCCAUACGCAGCGGGGCCCUCAGAGACACCGUUGCGCACACCGCGGGACGAGCCACCGGCGAAACGGGCACGGUACGACACGGACAUGAGCUUGGACGCGUUCCAGGCGAAGUAUACAUCCGAAGACAAUUCGAGCUUCACGCAGAUUCUGGAGGAGGAGAAUAGGAAGCGGAGGGAGCGGUGGUCGUGGGCUUGGGAGGCGCAGAAGAGGGUGGAGGAUCAAAGAGGGAAGAUGCUGGAAGGGAGGGAGAGGCUCUUGAUCGAGGGCCCUGUGGCGACCGGUGUCCGAGAGAAGUUCGCCAUAGAGGCUCCUACACCCGUUGGGCUACUCACGGACGGGUCCUCGUCCGGGGACGUGAAGGACGAUUCGGAGAAGGGAAAAGAGGUAGUUCUCAAGGACAAGGAUAGUGAGGAGGAGGUAGAGGAAGUGGAUGUCAUGGCGCCGAAUAAAGACACGAGAUCAGCCGGGGUAGAUGGCUGGAGGUUCAAGGCGCGAAAUGCAUUUAUGUUUCCGCCAGAUGCGGAUGUGUCUCCGUACCACGCUCCCGUCACUAAGGCGGCUGUAGAAGUAAAGGGUGCACCAAAGGCCAUCAAGCAUGGUAGCACUCGUCUCCCGGAACAAGACGACACAGUUGCAGGAUCAGUGUCCGCGCCUGCAAGUCCGACACAGUCUCGUAUAGACGCAGCCAUUGCCGGCACCCCAUACCGGCCGAAGUCACCAACUGGCGACAACUUUGCACUCGUCCCUUCGGUGCCAUCGCCUACACCGUCGGAACUCGGCCCAACCGCGAUGAAGCAGCUCAUGACCUGGGGGACGCUGACCGCCACCCCGCGUAUCCUGUCCCAAACUGAUGACCCUUCGGAACCAUCGUCCGGCAUGCCUCCCCCGACCACGCCCUUCCACAUAGCCGCGCCCUCCGCCCGCGAACGCAUCUCGCACAAACUGUCUUCAAACGCGGCGAAGAGUCUGCGGGCGAAGGCGGGUCUGCUCAACGUGCCCGGUAUUGCGCGGGCGCCGGCCAGUUCGAGCGCGCGGAAGAGCUCCAUGCCGCCGCCCUCCUGGACGCCGCGAAGAGUGGAAGCCGCUGGUGGGUUGACACCAGCCGCCAAGAGGUUACUGGACAGAAGUACGAUGGGAACAGCAGCCGCUAGAAGAGCUGAAGCUAUGGGCAGGAUGGCAGGGUGGGAGGGCAGCAGCGCUCAGAAAGACAAGGACUUGAAUCGUAUUCGAUGGACUCCUACUCCUAGCCCUGUAUCGAGGAGACCAUGA